GUGUGGCUGGUCACCCUGAUGCUGUCCGGCCUGAGUGGAGGCCAGACCAGGAGGAGGAGCGGCCGGAGAGACGACGGCCAGCUGAUCAGCGAGGCCAAAACGCCGGUCUGUCCGGUGGAGGUGGCGUUCAUCGUGGACAGUUCGGAGAAGGCCCGGCCCCAGCUGUUCGAGGAGCAGAAGGCGUUCGUCCUGCGCUUCAGCGGCCGGCUGAUGCAGCUGCGCGCCGCCGGCUGGCGGCUGCGCGUGCGCCUAGCCGCCGUCCAGUACAGCAGCGCGGCGUCGGUGGAGCACAACUUCAGGGACUGGCAGGACCUGGACGUCUUCCAGAGCCGGGUGGCUGCCAUGGCCUUCAUGGGCCAGGGCACCUACUCCGCCUACGCCAUCGCCAACGCCACCAGGCUGUUCGCUAGGGAGACGUCCUCCGCCAGCCUGCGGGUGGCGCUGCUGAUGACGGACGGCGUGGACCACCCGCGCAGCCCCGGCGCCGUGGCGGCCGCCGCCGAGGCCAAGCAGAACGGCGUACGGGUGUUCGUCGUCGGCCUGUCGGCUCUGCCCGGGGACGGCGCCGCGGCGACCAAGCUGAGAUCCAUCGCCAGCGCGCCGCCGCAGCAGCACGUCCUCAGCCUGACCGACGCCCAGCUGGACCAGCGGCUCCUCUCCGAACUGGUCAGUGGUCUCCUCUCUAUCAAACAUUGUCCACAGCCAAAGACGUGUCUGUGUGAGCGGGGAGAGAGGGGACACCCUGGAAACCCGGGGAAACCAGGCGAGCAGGGGUCCGAUGGAGCUCCAGGUCCAAAGGGGUCUCGUGGGGAACCAGGCAUCAAUGGACGUCCAGGAAUGGAGGGCCUGGAGGGGCGACCUGGCAGCAAAGGAGAAAAGGGAGAGCAGGGGGAAUGUGGCGCCCCCGGGAGAAAAGGAGAAGCAGGUGUGGAGGGACCACCAGGCCAGCAGGGUGCCAAAGGAGAGCAGGGAGGACGAGGGCCACCUGGAGACCAGGGCCUGGAGGGAGCUCCGGGAGUUAAGGGUGAGCGGGGCCUGAGGGGGGCACCAGGACCUCCUGGAGAUACUGGAACUGGCUUUCCUGGUCCCAAGGGGGACAAGGGAAACCUAGGAAGACCAGGUCCACCAGGACUGAUGGGUGUAGGUGAACCAGGAACACCAGGAGCAGCAGGGCCUCCAGGGGUACAAGGAUCUCCGGGGUUUCCAGGAGAGGGUCUGCCAGGGAUCAAGGGCGAUCGAGGCUAUCCGGGUCCAAAAGGGGGCCGUGGACCGCCGGGGCUCGGGCUCAAAGGAGAGAAGGGACACGUUGGAGCGCCCGGGUUGCCAGGUCUGGUGGGCUUUCCAGGAGCAGCCGCCCAAGGAGAGAAGGGAGACCAGGGCCCCGCUGGAGCUGCCGGCCCCCGGGGGCCUCCGGGACUGGGCCUUGUAGGACCAAAGGGCGACCAGGGCUUUCCAGGAGAGCCGGGACCUCAGGGAGAGAGAGGUGUGGCUGAGCCAGGACCAAAGGGGGAACCUGGACCUGACGGAGCUGCAGGGAUUCCUGGGAUCCCCGGGGAGGACGGAGCUGUGGGAGCCAAGGGGGAGACGGGGCUGCCGGGGAGCAGAGGAGCAGAGGGAGUGCCUGGGACAGGCUCGCCAGGUGAAAAGGGGGACCGAGGGGACCGGGGCCCUCGUGGACUCUCAGGCCCUCCAGGCCCCGCUGGACCUGCUGGAGCCAAGGGCGAGCCGGGCACUGCCGGACUGAUGGGCCCACCUGGACCCGCCGGCCGAGGCCUCCCAGGACCGAAGGGGGACCUGGGCCCUGCUGGACCACCUGGACCAGUUGGAGAACCUGGAGUAGGAAUUACUGGACCAAAGGGACACAAAGGGAACCCCGGACCGGCGGGUCCACCUGGGACGAAGGGAGACGGGUUUCCAGGACCGCAGGGUCUGCCUGGUUCACAAGGAGCACCGGGGGAGACGGGACCGGAGGGGACAGGACUGCCUGGACCCAAAGGGGACAGAGGCUCCCCAGGCGUUCCUGGAGCAUCAGGUCCUCCUGGACCAGGCCUGUCUGGACCGAAGGGCUCCACGGGCCAGCCUGGUCCGCCCGGCCUGACUGGACCCCCCGGGGACGGCGCUCCAGGACCAAAGGGGGAACCAGGGUUCCAGGGACCCGCCGGCCCUCGAGGGACACCGGGGGAAGGGCUCCUGGGAGAAAAGGGGGACCAAGGCAUGCCUGGAAACAAGGGCAGGAAGGGGGACAGGGGAGACCAUGGAGGACCUGGAUCACCUGGACCGAUGGGGCGACCUGGAGAAAAGGGGGAACCCGGCCUGACGAGAGAAGAGAUCGUCCGGAUCAUCAGAGAAAUCUGUGGCUGCGGUCUGAAGUGCAGCGACAGUCCUCUGGACCUGGUGUUCAUCAUCGACGGCUCUGAGAGCGUGGGACCUCAGAACUUUGAGCUGGUGAAGGACUUUGUGAACGCCGUGGUGGACCAGAUGACGGUGAGCUGGGAGGCCAGCCGGGUGGGCGUGGUGCUCUACAGCCGCACCAGCCUGGUGGUGGCGGGCCUGCAGCAGCAAGCCGGCCAGGAAGACGUGAAGGUCGCCGUCAGGAACAUGCCCUACCUGGGUGAGGGCACCUUCACGGGCAGCGCCAUCCAUCGUGCCAGCCAGCUGUUCCUGGCCUCCCGGCCCGGGGUGAGGAGGGUGGCGGUGCUCGUGACCGACGGGCUGGCCGACCAGCGCGACGCCAUGCAGUUCGAAGAAACGGCCACGCUGGCCCACGAGGACGGCAUCGAGGUGUUUGUUGUCGGGGUGGUGAACAGGACGGACCCUCAGUACGAGCAGUUCCUGGCCGAGAUGAGUGCCAUCGCCUCAGAUCCGGACGGAGAGCACAUCUACCUCACAGACCACUUCAGGAACCUUCCAGAUGUGGAAAGCCUCAUUCUGACUUGGCUCUGUGAGCAGGACGUCUCCGUGGCCUUCGUGUUCCCCUCAGAGGACCCCGUCCUGCAGGUCCCCCAUGCCAGGCCCACCCAGGACCUCCCCGAGGACAACACACCACUCCAGCUUCCGGUGGCGGCUACCGUACCGCCCACAGAGGCUCUGGAUGAGAGCCGCGUGGAGGCAGGCGGGUCGGAGGACCCCCGUCUGGCCUCACCUGGUGGGAGGGGGCAGCAGGGCCCGGGGGAGACCUCGGUGGUGGGCCCUCAGAGACCCAGGGACUGGCUGCAGUCCACCACAGUCUCAGCAUCAGCUGAGGGCUGCGCCCAGCCUCUGGACCCCGGGCCCUGCCGGGACUACGUGGUCCGGUGGUACUACGACCCCCAGGCCAACGCCUGCGCUCAGUUCUGGUUCGGAAGCUGCCAGGGCAACGCCAACAACUUCCAGAGCGAAGACAGCUGCACCAGCACCUGCGUCUACACGUAA